AACAAUUCCAGUUAUUUCCCACCAAAUCGACCCUCUAAUCCUCGAUCCUGAGCUCUGUGGCUUUCGUCUUCAACCCUCAAACCCAAAACCCAGAAGCAGAGGAAGAGAAAGAGAAGGCUUCGUUCACCGCCAUGACUGAAGUCCUUCACUUUCCUUCAUCUCCGAGCGCUUCUUCUCCCUCUUCUUCUUCACCAUCUCCAUCUACCUCCCAUUCCAAUGCGACUCUCCUGAUUAGCCCUGACCAUCGGAGAAGUAACCCAGUUCCUGGAUUCGCGCAAGAUGUUGACUUUCAAGUCUCAAUCGAACAACAACAACAACAACUGCAAGAUUUGAGUCGGAGCACAGGUAGAGAGGAAGACGGCGGAAGCAGCGGCGGGGAAGAUCAGCUCUCGCUGUUGGCUCUUCUUGUCGCCAUUUUCAGGAAAUCUCUGGUUUCUUGCAAGACCAAUCGGAGGGAGCUCUGUAGCAUGGAGAUCGGAUGGCCCACCAAUGUCCGCCACGUGGCGCACGUCACCUUCGAUCGCUUCAAUGGCUUCUUGGGUUUGCCCGUUGAGUUCGAGCCUGAGGUUCCCAGAAGGGCUCCAAGCGCCAGUGCAACAGUCUUUGGGGUAUCAACCGAAUCAAUGCAAUUAUCAUAUGAUUCAAGAGGCAACUGUGUACCAACCAUACUCUUGUUGAUGCAAAAUUGUUUAUACGGCCAAGGAGGCUUGCAGGCAGAGGGAAUUUUUAGACUCACUGCUGAGAAUAGUGAGGAAGAGGCAGUUAGGGAACAGCUAAACCGAGGAUUUAUACCCGAGCGAAUCGAUGUUCACUGUUUGGCAGGGCUUAUCAAGGCAUGGUUUAGAGAACUCCCUACAAGCGUUCUUGAUUCGUUGUCUCCUGAACAAGUCAUGCAGUGCCAAACAGAGGAGGAAUAUGUCGAGCUCGUUAGGCUUCUUCCACCUACAGAAGCGUCUCUGCUUGAUUGGGCCAUCAAUCUAAUGGCUGAUGUUGUUCAGUACGAACAUCUUAACAAGAUGAAUUCACGUAACAUCGCUAUGGUAUUCGCGCCUAAUAUGACACAGAUGGAUGAUCCAUUGACGGCGCUGAUGUAUGCGGUUCAAGUGAUGAACUUCCUCAAGAUGCUAAUCGAAAAAACUCUAAGGGAAAGGCAAGACUCGGUAGUAGAGCAAGCUCAUGUGUUCCCUUUAGAACCUUCUGAUGAGAGCGGUCACCAAAGCCCUUCACAGUCUUUUGCUUUUAACACCAAUGAGCAGAGUGAAGAGACGCAAUCAGACUACAUUGAAAAUGCAGAGAAUCAGAGUUUAAGCAGUGAGAUAUCAGACGAAUCAACCUUUGAGAACAAUGCUAGGACCGAGCGGUUAAGUGACUCGGGUCACAUAGAAACAGAUAGAAAAAGUAGGGUGCAGGUGGUGGCUAUGGCUCCUCCGGCUCAGUGGCCUGUGGGUGGAACAAAAGGAUUGACCAACUUGAGCCGUGUAGGUUCGAGGGUAGAGCGUACUGAAGCUUGGCGGUGAAGAAAAAGUAGCAGAGAAACCCCCCUUGAGGAGACUUGAGCUCUCUAUUCAUCAAAAUCAGAUUGUUGGUUGAUUUGUUUGUAUGUGUUAAUGUGGUUCUGUUGGUGUCGUUUCUAUUCUUUUUGUCAAUGUUCUAAUUUGGAAACUGGCUUAUUCUGUGUUAAACCGCCCCUCCCAA